CAGAAGUGAACCGUCAUUCUGACAGCGUCUAUUUUGAAGACAAGUAAGUCAACGGUCGACUCUCUUCGCAUCUAAACCAUGGCAGACAAUCCAAUGGAGCGUGGACAGCAGGAAAACAUGGCCCUGAUUCUUCAGGCGGUGAUGAAAAAGUUGGAAGACCAGUCCAAACUGAUCCAAAAUCUCCAGGGUCAGCGUCUGCAAGAAGCCGCGGCAGGCCCGUCUAACAGCAGCCGGCCGGAGAGCGGAGAUGGGCGCGUCCCCCGCGGCACCAAACGCCGACGGAGGACUGCGUCAAAAGUGCCACACAAAUGCAGGGAUGAUGUGCGGAAAAUGUACCGAGUCUUGGUGGAUGGCCAGAACGAUUUUGAUGGGUUUGACUUGACUGAAAGUGUGAGUUCACCCACCAACGACAGCGUCAUCACAGCCCUGCGGGCCGAGGUGGUCAAGGACUACGGCGGGGCGGAGAAAUGCCCCUUCUCUCCCAAGGAAAUGAGAGACGCUGCGGUACGGUACUUUCGGUCCCAGCGGGACGACAAGGUGCGGCGAGAAAAGGGAAAGAUGACAGCACACAGGGCUUCCAUUAGGAAGCGACAGCGUCUCGUGCAGAAAGUGGAGCGCAGGAGCCGCGCCCUGGAGAAGGCACAGGACUGGACGGAGAAAAGCAAGAAGAGGGUGGAGGAGUUCCUACAUGAAGAUUUCAUGUCGUCUGAGUCCAGUGGAGAAGAGGACCAGGAGGGAUACACCGUCCGCCGCCUCGCCUGGGAGUCGAAGUCUCUCAGGAAGCUGAAAGACUCCCUGGAUGAGGUUUGCCCACAGAGGGGUGUUGUACGGGUUGAAUCGACAGUGCUGUCUAAUAGGGACAAACCCGAAGGCACCCCCGCGUGGGCAAUCACGCGGAGGCGGCAGGCGGACAGGGGUCCCAACCUGGACGACAGUCUGACCGAGUGACUGUAGGCACGCUUAUGGACCGUGACGUUAGGUUUAGAGUCAGUGUUAAGGGUUAAGGUUAGGGUUAAUGAUGUCGCUAUGUCAGUAAUGUUAAAUAGGCCUAGGGUGGGAGCACACUGUAGUGGUUCAAGUGUAGUGAAGUAACGUAUACAUGUAGCUUGGAUAGUAUUGCAAUGAUGUAGCAAUGUAGUAAUGCGUGUUUAAGUUGUAAAAUGUGGGAAGGAAUAUCAAUGUAAUGGUGUCAUGUUUUUUUAAAGUUAAUUUUCGCAUACUUUCUCACAAUUACAGUUGAGUGACUUAUCAUGUUGAGUGACUAUUAUGUUUCCAAAAAUACAUUUUUUUUCUAAACGCA